AUGGGGCAAGGAUUGCAAAGGAAGUUCAAUACAUGUAUAUUGAAGAGAAAUGGACUAGGAGCGUAUGUUGCAAUUGAUACGAUGAAUAAUGACCGGGAACAAGAAGAAGAUAUUGUUGGAAGUGCACAAGUAUCUAGUUCAAGUUCAAGAAAAGAGCGAAAGAGAAAAUCUCGUUGUUGGCUAUCCUUCACAAGAUUGGAUGUGGGUGUGGAUGGAGAACAACGUGCAGUGUGCAAUAAGUGUGGAGUCGACUAUAAGUGUGAUCCUCUUACGGGCACUACUAGUAUGUUACGUCAUCAUGACAUUUGUUACACUUCAGGUAAUGUGGCUUCUCCUCGCUCUGCUACACGUUCUUCAAAGUUUCACCCUGAAAAGUUUACAGAAUUGUUGAUUGAGGCCAUUAUUAAGCAUGAUUUGCCAUUUAGCUUUGUGGAGUAUGAAGGAAUUAGGGCUGUCUUUGAUUAUGUGUGUCCUUCACUUAGGUUGCCUUGUAGAAAUACUGUUAAGGCCCAUGUUUCGAAACUUUAUGAAAGUGAGAAGUCUAAGGUUCAGAAUAUGUUGAGUUGUGCUAGAGGGAGGAUUUGUUUGACUUCUGAUUUAUGGAGUUCUCAAACAACUAAUGAGUAUCUGACACUCACAGCACAUUUUCUAGAUACUGAAUGGAAAUUGCACAAGAGGAUUCUUAUUUUUUCUUACAUGCCUCCACCUCAUAAUGGUAGUGCUUUGGCUGAAAAAAUCAAUUCAUUGAUAUGUGAAUGGGAAAUUGAUAAGAAUUUGUUCUCAAUUACAUUAGAUAAUGCAUCUGCAAAUGAUUCUUUUGUUGAAAAGUUGAGAACUCAGUUGAACUUUAGGGGGCUACUUUUGCUAAAUGGGAAAUUUUUCCAUGUUAGAUGUUGUGCUCAUAUCUUGAACUUAAUUGUUCAAGAUGGAUUGAAAGCAAUUGAUGAUUCAGUUGUGAAAGUGCGAGAUUGUCUCAAGUACAUAAAAGGUUCAAUGGCAAGGAAGCAUAGAUUUAUAGAAUGUAUUGCACAAGUAGGAAUGAGGGGGAGUAAAAGAGCAUUGAGACAAGAUCUCCCUACGAGGUGGAACUCGACUUAUAUUAUGUUGGAUAGUGCAAUUCAUUACCGUCGUGCUUUGAUCAACUUUGCAUUAAUUGAUUCUGAUUUCAAGUGUUGUCCAUCCCCUGAUGAAUGGGACAGAAUACAGACAAUUUAUAAGUUUCUUGGAUAUUUUUAUGAGAUUAUGGCUUGA